AUGGUCUUCACUCCUCAUAAAGGGGCGGGAGAAUUACCCGCAAUUCCUGAUAACAUUCCCAUCAGCGAAUUUAUACUCAACAAUCAAUAUGGAAGAAAUCCGCUACAACAGUCAAGAGACCCCUUCACUUGUGGAAUUACUGGAAAGUCCUACUCAGGAGCCCAGGUGGCAGAGCGAGUCGAUUAUCUCGCUCGGGCACUGGCAAAGGAGUUCAACUGGACCCCAAAUAAGGGUACCGAAUGGGACAAAACGGUAGCAGUCUUCAGCGUGAAUACGAUUGAUACCCUUCCUUUGUCCUGGGCGACCCAUCAGUUGGGAGGAGUUGUUUCGCCCGCCAACGCGGCUUAUUCUGCGCCCGAGCUGAAGCAUCAGUUGGUUGAUUCCCGAGCAAAAGCUCUAUUCACUUGUGUCCCCUUGCUGUCCACUGCCUUGGAGGCGGCGUCUUUGGCUGGAUUUCCGAAAGACCGUAUCUAUCUGCUUGAGGUUCCCGCCGAACUCACCGGCGGUGCAAGCAUCCCUGCCCAAUACAAGACCGUCUCGCAACUCAUUGAGGCAGGAAGAUCAUUACCGAAUUUGGAGAGGCUCAACUGGAGCGCUGGAGAGGGUGCUCGCCGAACCGCAUUUUUAUGUUAUUCCAGUGGAACAUCCGGCUUGCCUAAAGGAGUGAUGAUUUCUCAUAAAAAUGUGAUCGCAAACGUUUUACAGAUCUCCGCUUUCGAGAAGACCCACCGAGAUGCCCUCGCCGCACCAGGAGGCCCCCAACAUACUGAAGUCGUGCUGGGCCUACUCCCUCAAAGCCAUAUCUAUGCCUUGGUGGUUAUGUGUCAUACUGGGCCCUACAGAGGAGACCAGGUGAUCGUGUUACCAAAGUUCGAGCUGAAGUUAUACCUUGCUGCUAUCCAGAACUUCAAGAUCGGGUCUCUUUUCUUGGUUCCCCCCAUCAUCAUCACCAUGCUCCGAAACCACGAUGUUUGCAGCAAGUAUGACCUCAGCUCGGUGAAAUCAUUGUUCACUGGAGCAGCUCCUCUGGGCAUGGAAACGGCCGAAGAUUUCCAAAAGUUGUAUCCCAAUGUUACAAUUCGGCAAGGCUACGGCCUAACCGAGACAUCCACGGUCGUGGCCUCGACUCACCCCACCGACGUCUUCCUUGGCUCCUCUGGUACUCUUAUCCCUGGUGUCGAAGCACGCAUUGUUUCCCCAGAAGGCCAAGAAAUCACAACCUACGACACUCCCGGUGAACUUGUGGUCUAUAGUCCAAGUGUGGUACUAGGAUACCUCAACAAUGAGAAGGCUAACAAAGAAACCUUUGAAAACGGAUGGAUGCGCACUGGUGAUGAAGCAGUUUUCCGCUUGGGCCCUAAGGGAACUGAACAUGUGUUUAUUGUUGACCGUAUCAAGGAGUUAAUCAAAGUCAAGGGUUUGCAAGUUGCCCCUGCAGAGCUGGAGGCUCACCUACUCACACACCCUGCCGUCGCUGAUUGUGCUGUCAUUGCUAUCCCCGACGAAGCUGCUGGUGAAGUUCCGAAGGCUAUCGUCGUCAAAUCGCCAUCGGCGGAUAAGGAUGAUGAGAAAGUGGCACAAUCGAUCAAGAAGUAUGUGGAAGAGCACAAGGCUCGGCACAAGUGGUUGAAGGGCGGUAUUCGCUUUGUCGAUGCUGUCCCCAAGAGUCCCAGUGGCAAGAUCUUGCGUCGUUUGCUUCGGGACCAAGAGAAGGAGGAGCGCAGGCAUCCCCACCGCGAGGCGGAAGAUGCCUACGUGGAUGCUGACGAGGCGGAGGAAAUCUUCCAGCGCGAUGAGGAUCACCCCAUGGAUUCCGAGGGCGAGGAUGGCGACGAGCCCAUGACCUUCGAGCAGGAGGAAAUUACCCUAGAGAACGACUCUUCCGCUCAUUUUGAUCUUCACUCAGACUCGCUGUUCUGCAUUGCUCAGCACCCUAUCCACAACUCUAUUGUUCUCACUGGCUCCGGCGACGAUACCGCAUACAUCUUCGACUCCACACCAAACACCGAGCGUCCUCUUCUCCCACAAAGUUACGAGUCGAACCCUCAACCGAAAAAGGAGCGGGAAUCUCUGCAGCCCAUUGCAAAGAUUGAAGGUCACAAAGAUACCGUUAACGCUGUUGCGUUCACUGAACCCAAGGGUGAAUAUGCCGUGACCGCAGGUCUGGAUGGCCAGCUGCGCGUAUGGCGCGAUACUACCCCCCAGUUGACUGGUCAGGCUUGGGAGUUUGUCGCAGAGGCGCAGGAAGUAGAGGAAAUUAACUGGCUUGCUGUUUGCCCGUGCGAGAAGGGCGACGAGGAGAACAGCAAUGUCAUUGCGAUGGGAGCAAAUGACGGUAGCGCUUGGGUAUUCCGCAUUGACCACAACGACACCGCUCAGCCCAUCACGAUUAUGCAGACCUUCUUCCAGCACACCGGAUCCUGUACCGCGGGUGCCUGGACACCCGAUGGAAAGCUGCUCGCGACUGUCUCGGAGGAUGGCAGCUUUUACGUGUACGACGUCUUUGGCGCUGCUGCCGCCGCCGGUAUCUCUUACUCUGCUGGCACUAGUGCCGUCGUCGGAUUGACUCCGGAGGACCAGCGGUUUGCAGUUGAUGGAGGACUUUACUCGGUCGCGGUUGCGCCCGGUGGUGGAUUCGCUGCUGUUGGCGGUGCGGAAGGUCAAAUCAAGAUUGUCGGUCUUCCUCGUCUUGCGUCUGGCGGGGCAGCGUCUAAAACGAAGGGCAAGGCUGCCGCCUCUCAGUCAACCGGUGCUGCUGCUGGUACUAUCCUGGCCUCACUUCAGGCCCAGUCUGACGGCAUUGAGACUUUGUCCUUCUCUUCUCCUCCUCUGAGUCUUCUCGCUGCGGGCUCGGUAGAUGGAUCGAUUGCCCUAUUUGACACCGCCCACCGCUUCGCUGUCCGUCGUCAUAUCAAGGAGGCGCAUGAGGGUGCCGUAGUCAAGGUUGAGUUCCUUCAGAGUCGCUCUGCCCCUGCCUCUUUGCCUCCCCGUGGUCCGAUUGCAUCUGCUGCAUCUGGACAGGGCCAGCCGUGGCUUCUCACUUCCGUCGGCAUGGACGGUAUCGUAAGGCGGUGGGAUGCGCGCGGUGGUACUGCAGCUGCCGCACAGGGUCUGUUGAAGGAAUGGAAGGGCCAUUUGGGUCUCACAGAGAACUCGGAGGGCGAGCAAUCCGGUGGCAUUAUGGCCUUUGCCCAAAGUCUGGAUGGAAAGCGUGUUGUUACGGCCGGUGACGAUGGCAUCUCCUUCGUCUUCGAGGAGUAA